AUGUCGCUCUCCCAAUCAGACCAACAAAUCCAAGACGACGAAGUGUCAGACGUCACCCCCUCAAAUCUACAGCCUGACACCACCAACCUUCAGCCUUACACCAACUCUCCAUCUCCCGAACAAGAACAAAACCCCCUCGCACACCCCAAUGAUACUUCAGAAAAACACACCACAGCCCACCGCCUCCGCUUCCUGGCCGAAAUAUGCGCGAUGACAAACUUCAAGCGCGCACGAAAACGUGUGGAGGAGAUGGGAGAACAGGAAGCGUUUAAGUUACUCAGAUCUUCGACUUCGGCGGAACGACUCGCAGCGAGGGAGCAGCUUGCUGCGGAUGUGGAGGAAGAGAGGGAGAAGUUUGAGAAGGAGGUGCGGAAGAGGGUGGAGAGGAAAUUGCAGGUGAGGACGAGGAGGAUGGAGGGGAGAGCAGGUGGACUGGUGGGUGGGCGGGUGAAUGUGCCGAUGAGUCGGCGCGAGCUUGUUGCUAUGAGAAGGCGGAAGUAUUUUGAUAAUGCUUCUGGUGCGAUGGGAGCAGCCGUCUGGCCUGCUCAGGCUGCGGAGGAUGUGAAUGAACCGUUGCUCGUCACUGGAGCCAUGUCCGCCGGGGCUGUUCUUGGUGAGCAGUCAAUUGGGGUUCGUGCCGCAGAAGGAGAACAGGAAAUGGCAGAUUUGACAGACUUUAUGCGUGGUACAAGUCUGUGA